AUGAAGCGUGCAUCGUUAACGUCCUACUCAUCGGAGAAUAAGCGAGCCCGAAUUCUCCAACGUUCUUUAUCAAACCCUGUUCAACAUUUUUGUCAAUCCUCUGAUUUGUUCGGGGAAAUCCCUUUGGAGUUGAAGUAUCGAAUAUUGACGUACCUAUCCGUUGGAGAUCUGCUAUCCUUGCUCCGGGCUUCCCACGCGGCUAGAUUUUUGGUCCAUCUUUAUGUUCGUUCCGGUCUCUGUGUGCAGUUGCAUGAAUUUUAUGCUCCUCAUGCGUUGAUUACGGGUGUCGAUACCACCACUCCGACAACACUGAAGCGUGCUAGCGAGAAAUACCAACAAAUCGGAGAGGACCCGGAUUCUGAGCUAACAAUAAGGCUUUUCCUACGGCGUGUAUUUUUGGAUCCCUUGGUUUUGGCUUAUCCAUUUAAUCGGAGCACUCGAUCUAACCUAGCUGUUCGCAUCGCCCAAUCAUUGUCUUCGAAUUCUAACCCAAAAGCUGGCGAUGCAUCCAUGUACGAUUUUCACAAAUUGUCAGAUAACGAUGAUCAGUCACUAACGUCCGAUCAGCCCUCAGACUGGAAGAAUACCGCGUCAACCGUGAAGUCAAUUUUUGUGAACCCUGAGGAAUUAUCGUCAGUGUGUCGUUCCACGAGCUCAAUACCUCAUUCGCUUUCGUCUGAUAAACUACCGUCGUCUGCCCCUUUGGUGACUGGUAUCUCUGGAAAUCAACCAUCAACCAGCAUACCUACAGCUACUGGGAAGUUUUGGCCUGUAGCCGAACAACUGUUGCGGAUUUUACAAUCCUUUCCACCGAAGCAACAGGCUCGUAUUCUUUUCAUUUUGUAUGGUCCGUUGCACCGAGGCAAGUUAAUGUGGCGUACUAUGUGCGAGAACACAGCGGCUGACUCUGAACAGCUUUCAGCCUGUUUUGGGGAACUGGGCAGCGUGAUGCAGCUCAUGAUCGAUUCUGAGGCCUGGAGUUCCGACCAAGCGCUAGACAUUCUGGAUGAAGUUAUCGCAACUCCGGAUGACUGGUUGGCAGAAAACGUGGCCUGUCUACUCUAUACCUCAGGUUUACGUUUGGCGUCCAUGGUUGUCACUAAAAGGGCCGUCAGUGGACAGAUAGGAGAUCUGGCUUUAACUUUGACGUCACUUUGUCUUGUGCGCGUCAAAAUACGCGCCAGCUUAACGGAUCUCGUUGGUCUGGUCGGGGACGCUUGCCGUGCAAGUGAGCACACCAACCGCAGACAGUUUUUGGAUCAUCUGGCUCGAGCAUUUCAAGACGUGAUUGUCGACCUGUAUGAGACCGACGACUUAGAGGAUCGUAUCGAAGACUUUUCCACCAUUCUUCGCGCUCAGGCGGAAUUCAUGCGUGUUUUGAUGGCACGCGUGUAUGAACAAUAA